GAGAGGGAACGAGGGCGCCUGCGCGGAGAGGGGUGACCAUAGAGUCGGUCCUCCAGAGAUAGAGGGGCCGGAAGUUCUCUUCACGGAGCCGCGCGGCUGCGGGGGCGCAAAUAGGGUCAGUGGGCAGCUUGGCGCUGUCGUUGCGGUACCAGGUCUGCGUGAGGGGUUCGGGGGUUCUGGGCAGGCACAAUGGCGUCUCGAGCAGGCCCGCGAGCGGCCGGCACCGACGGCAGCGACUUUCAGCACCGGGAGCGCGUCGCCAUGCACUACCAGAUGAGUGUGACCCUCAAAUAUGAAAUCAAGAAGCUGAUCUACGUACAUCUGGUCAUAUGGCUGCUGCUGGUUGCCAAGAUGAGCGUGGGACACCUGAGGCUCUUGUCACAUGAUCAGGUGGCCAUGCCCUAUCAGUGGGAAUACCCGUAUUUGCUGAGCAUUUUGCCCUCUCUCUUGGGCCUUCUCUCCUUUCCCCGCAACAACAUUAGCUACCUGGUGCUCUCCAUGAUCAGCAUGGGACUCUUUUCCAUCGCUCCACUCAUUUAUGGCAGCAUGGAGAUGUUCCCUGCUGCACAGCAGCUCUACCGCCAUGGCAAGGCCUACCGUUUCCUCUUUGGUUUUUCUGCCGUUUCCGUCAUGUACCUGGUGUUGGUGUUGGCAGUGCAAGUGCAUGCCUGGCAGUUGUACUACAGCAAGAAGCUCCUAGACUCUUGGUUCACCAGCACACAGGAGAAGAAGCAUAAAUGAAGCCUCUUUGGGGUGAAGCCUGGACCUCCCAUCGAAUGAAAGGACAGUAGUACAGCGGUUCUAAAAUCCCUUCUGGUGAUCUUAGCAGCUGUGAUGUUGGUACCUGGUGCAGACCAGGCCAAAGUUCUGGAAAGCUCCUUUUGCCAUCUGCUGAGGUGGCAAAACUAUAAUUUAUUCCUGGUUGGCUAGAACUGGGUGACCAACAGCUAUGAAACAAAUUUCAGCUGUUUGAAGUUGAACUUUGAGGUUUUUCUUUAAGAAUGAGCUUCGUCCUUGCCUCUACUCGGUCAUUCUCCCCAUUUCCAUCCAUUACCCCUUAGCCAUUGAGACUGAAGGAAAUAGGGAAUAAAUCAAAUUACUUCAUCUCUAGGUCACGGGUCAGGAAACAUUUGGGCAGCUGCUCCCUUGGCAGGCUGUGGUCUCUUCUGCAAAGCAUUUUAAUUAAAAACCUCAAUAAAGAUGGCCCUGCCCACA